AUGGGCGGAGAAGAUGAGUGGAAGAAAUAUAUCGUAUCUCGACAUCGAGCAACGGCGAGAUCGUCACAACUGAACAUCCCUUUCACUCGAAUCCAAGAGCCGGCUCUCGACGCCUUUGAAGACAUUGAGAUGAUAGAGUCAGCGGCAAGGAACUACGAGAAGUGGCGCGAAGAGCCGGAUACGUCCGCAUUUGCUCCAAUAUCAGGAACAUCUUCAACGAAUUUGCCAGAGGUUAUCGCAGAAAGAUUACGGGCCAGCAUGUAUUAUCUCCAGCCCCGCUCCUUCGCGAGAUUAGGUGAGAAAUUGUAUGGCAAGGGAGUCUCCGCAAGCCAGUGGGCAGCUAAAGAGAUACGAUGCAGACUGGGUCCGGGCGACCAGGGGUACGCGGCGUUGCCCCAAAUGACAUCAGGAUUUGAGGUCAAUUAUCACAUAUAUAACACUGUCAUGUUGUCAAGAUCUGCACCCAUGAAUCUUGACGUCAAGAUCGAGCACGACUCUCACAGCAGCCCCAUUCGAAUCGAUGCUGACUUUGGAAAGCCUUACAAGAUCACCAUCAGUGGUUUCCCAUUAAAACUGAAGGCUGCCAGCCAAUCUUCUUGGCCUUAA